AGGUAACAACUUAAACAAGGAACAAGAAAAGAAAUGGAGAGUGCAAGAAGAAAAAGUCCAGAUGCUAGCAACAAGUCUCCAUCACUGAGAUAUUUCUCUAUCUAUGUUACUUCUUGACCCUUUCUUCUGCCUUUCGAGGAACCAACGCAACCAGUUUAUCAUUUCAUAUCCAAGGCCGGCAGGCCGGCCACAGCACAGCUCCAAUCCAGAGACGAUAUCAAAAAUCUCUAUCCGCAUGGGAAAUUGUUGGGGAACUACUCCUGUCACUAACCAUAAUAGCCCCACGCCUACAAAGCCUUCUACUCCAGAAACAACAUGGAACCACAGCAAAGAAAAUGGACUGGGGAGCAGAAGCAGCAGCCAAUGUAAGGCAAAAGAAGAUGACAAGUUUGGUAUGGGUAUGGAAAAGAAGGGAAAGGAUGAAAUAGCAAUGAUUUCUGCAGCUGCAAGUGGACAGAUUAUAUUGGCACCAAAGCUGUUCACUCUAGCAGAGUUGAAAAGUGCUACUAGGAAUUUUAAACCUAAUACUGUGCUCGGGGAAGGUGGAUUCGGCAGAGUUUUUAAGGGUUGGGUCGAUGAGAAGACUUAUGCACCAGCUAAAGUUGGUACUGGCAUGGCUGUAGCAGUCAAGAAAUCAAGCCCAGAGAGCUCUCAAGGUCUAGAGGAGUGGCAGUCUGAGGUUGAGUUCCUGGGGAAAUUGUCUCAUCCAAACCUUGUCAAACUCUUGGGUUACUGCUGGGAGGAUGAACAUUUCCUCCUUGUCUACGAAUACAUGCAGAAGGGGAGCUUGGAAAAGCACCUUUUCAGAAAGGGUGCAGAACCACUUGCAUGGGACAUUAGGCUUAAAAUAGCCAUUGGAGCUGCUCAAGGUCUUGCCUUCCUCCACACUUCUGACAAGAGCGUCAUCUAUCGAGACUUCAAGACAUCUAAUAUAUUAUUGGAUGGGGCCUACAACGCAAAACUUUCUGACUUUGGGCUGGCGAAAUUAGGUCCAUUAAAUGGCGACUCCCAUGUUACAACAAGGAUCAUGGGCACAUAUGGUUAUGCAGCUCCUGAAUACCUUGCCACUGGUCAUUUGUAUGUCAAGAGUGAUGUGUACGGGUUUGGUGUUGUGCUCCUAGAAUUGCUGACGGGCCUAAAGGCCCUCGACACCAAUCGGCCGAGUGGACAGCACAAUUUGGUAGAGUAUGCCAGGCCUUUUCUCUUAGAGAGAAGAAAGCUCAAGAAAAUAAUGGAUCCGGGUCUUGAAGAGCGGUACCCUUUAAAAGCUGCAAUGCAAGCAGCUGAACUGAUACUGCGUUGUUUGGAAUCUGACCUGAGAAUUCGACCAUCCAUGGAAGAAGUUUCGGAGAUCUUAAUAAAGAUAAAGGAUGUGAAGGAGAAGCCCAAGAAGAGCAAAAGUAGUUGUUCCGAUGGAAGUUAUGCAAGGAGACAGGAAGAACGUUCCCGUCAUCAAUCUCCACUUCAGCCCAGACAUGGUGGCACUGGUUACAAGGUUCGAGCCUUCUCCUCAGCUUAGAUCGGUUCAAGUCAAUGGAUGCUUGGAAAGCAGAGAACACAAUGAUUCCGAGUCUCAGAUGACAAGAGUUCUGAAUUCCAAGUACAAGAUAAGAAUGAAAGGCUCUUGUAGUGGACGGGACAUAAUUAGGCCUAGCUUUACAGAUUAACUACAGUUCAUGUCAGCCCAGCAUCGUCUAAACUAUCAUUGGCAGUGGCAAUGUCAUGCUCAGGAGUUAUGGGCCAUCUUUACUGGAGUACUUGAUGCUUCCCUAGCCAGGGAGUUGAGCUAUAUUCAUAAUUCAGAGCUUGAAAGAUUGUGGAACGAGUGCCUUGUUGUGGUCCAUGCCUGAUGGAGAGACAUUUCUAGCUAGCAUAGAUCAAUAAUACUCUGGAAAGAUGGUAGCUACAGCUUGACCCAUGGAAAUGCUAAUGCUAAAGUCGUGGUGUUGCUUUCAGGCUCCCGCCAAGCCAUUUUCAGCCACGAGGAACCCCGAUCGACAAGUCAAGUGGAUAGUGAUGUUUGUUUGCUGACACUCUUGGCUGUGGUUAAUGAUGUUUGCUUACACUCUUGAUCUCUUGAGUUUAAAUUUUGAAAGUAUAAUCUAGGAAAACUAAUUUCCUAAAUGCGCCUUGCUUAUUAAUGUAGAAGAUGUUUGGCAUAACUUCAUAGCUUGCCCUUGUUUUUGUUUUUAGUUGUUAAUUUUACUCACGUGUUUCCAUUUCAGUUAGUGUGAUUUUGUGUUAUUUAAUCUUAGUUAAUUACAAGCAAUGAUUUAAAUCUA